GAUAAACCUUCGUAUGUUUUUGUUUCGUGAAGCUAGAAACUCUCACAGUCUCAAUCACAGAGCAAAGAAAACCGCCCCCAAAUCCCAAUUUUGCUACUAUCCCUCAUUUCUUCACUCAUGAAUCCACAAAACAACACACCCUAUUCCCCAAAUUCAACUAAUUUCUAGUUCAUGGAAGCGGAAAAGGUUUCAUUUUUUCACCAUCCUUAACUUGUCCCAAACUUUGAUUUUGUUUUUCAUUUGUAAACAUUUUAGCAGCCAUUAAGGUUGUUUGUUACUUUUUGUUUUGCUUAAGAAAAUAUGCAAUCUUUGGUUUCAUCAAAGUUUCUUGUGCUUGUUGGAGAAUCAUUCCCUAUGAGAAGGGCUUUAUUGAAUCCUAAGUUUGCUUGGUUCCAUAGUAGUAGUGUUAGGUGUAUGGCCCAUGUAGAACCCAAUCAUAGUUCUCUCACUCUUUCAAGCCUUGGUUUUGAAACUGAAACUGAAAUUGAGCCUAAGAUUAGACCUAAAUCAAAAAUUGUUAAGCCAUUACGUUCAACUUCAUCUGAGGGUUUUAAGAAUAAAAGAAAACCCUUUGGAAAUAGGGUUUUGAAUAAGAAAGAAAUAGAGUCUGCCCCUUUUGCGGCGAAGUCGUUUUCGGAACUCGGUGUUCCGGAGGUUUUGAUUGAGAGGUUAGGAAAAGAGGGUUUUAAUGUUCCGACCGAGGUUCAGUCUGCUGCGGUUCCAACUAUUUUGAAGAACCGGGAUGUUAUUAUUCAGUCGUAUACGGGUUCGGGGAAGACUUUGGCUUAUUUGCUUCCUAUAUUGUCGGUUAUCGGGCCGUUGAGAGGUGAGAAUUGUGAGGGUGAUGGUAGUGGUGACGGUGGUGAGACCGGGAAGAAAUUGGGUGUUGAAGCGGUGAUUGUUGCUCCGUCUAGGGAGCUUGGAAUGCAGAUAGUAAGGGAGUUUGAGAGGAUAUUGGGAAUGGAUAACAAGAAAAUGGUUCAGCAGCUUGUGGGAGGUGCGAACCGGUCCAGGCAGGAAGAGGCUUUGAAGAAAAAUAAGCCUGCCAUUGUUGUUGGUACGCCGGGUAGGAUAGCCGAGCUAAGUGCGAGCGGGAAGCUUCGUACACAUGGCUGUCGGUAUUUGGUAUUGGAUGAAGUUGAUGAGCUUCUUUCGUUCAAUUUCCGGGAAGACAUGCACAGGUUAUUGGAGCAUGUUGGGAGGAGAUCGGGUGCAGACCUAAACUCAAAUGCGAAAAAGACCGAGCGUCAGUUAAUUAUGGUUUCCGCAACUGUUCCGUUUUCGGUUGUAAGGGCAGCUAAGAGCUGGGGUUGUGAUCCACUUCUUGUUCAAGCUAAGAAAAUUGUACCGCUUGAAACUUUGUCUCCUGAGCCGGUCAAUUUAUCGCCGAGCUCGAAUACUACCUCGUCUACACCAUCUAAGGCUGUAGUCGAGAGUCUCCCUCCAGCAUUGAAACACUAUUAUUGUGUAGUGAGAUUGCAACACAAAGUCGAUACGUUGAGAAGGUGUAUUCAUGCGCUGGAUGCGAAAUUCGUAAUUGUUUUCAUGAAUCACACUAAGCAGCUAAAGGAUGUUGUCUACAAACUAGAAGCCCGCGACGUGAAAGCCGCGGAGUUACACGGAGAUCUCGGGAAGCUCGGUAGGUCGACAACUCUAAAGAAGUUCAAGAACGGUGAGGUUAGAGUUCUUGUGACAAAUGAGUUAUCAGCAAGAGGUUUGGAUGUAGCGGAAUGUGAUCUUGUGGUUAACCUCGAAUUGCCAACAGAUUCGAUUCACUAUGCACAUCGAGCCGGCCGAACCGGUCGGCUUGGUAGGAACGGUACGGUGCUAACCAUAUGUGAAGAGUCAGAGGUUUUUGUUGUGAGAAAACUGAAGAAGCAACUUGAAAUACCGAUAGCGUGCUGUAAUUUUGUCGAAGGAAAGCUUGUUAUCACGGAAGAAGAAGAGCAUACACUAAGCGGCACUUCUUGAAGACGAGGUGUUGUAAUUUUGCAACUAGUUCAGUUUCCAUUUUAUGUUUCAUUUUUCAUUGAAGUUUCUUUCACUCUUUGCUAUUGUUUAUUCAUAUGCAUCAAAGGUACAUUUAGGAUAUUGCUUCUUUCUUGUAUAACUAAUUAAGAACUUCUGCUUGAAUGUACAUCAGAUACAUGGAAUGUAGUUCAGAUUUUAAGCUGAAUAUAACUAGAAUAUAACGAUAAAUGGAGCUGAAAUCCUAGUAAGUGUUGUUAUUGUUUUUGUAAA